AAAGCUGCGAAAACACUUUACCGCCCAAACAAAAGUCAUUGAUGAGCAGAUUAAAUUACAAAGAUGCUACUGAUCUACACGGUCUUUCAUUUGAGGAACCCACCUUUAAUUAGCUUUACGAACCAAUCACCGCUUAGGUGGGUCAGGUGAUCAUCCUGGCAGCUGGUCUAGUCAAACUACAAGGUGCGACAGCAGUGUACAAGUCCAAAAGCCUCUUUACCAUUCGUCAGAGACUAUAAAACGCCACGACCUCCGAAGAGGAAUUCGCCAAUUUGAAGUCGUCGUUUUUUGGUUCAGUGAAGACAUGGAGGUCGAACAACACACCGUAGUAGAAGAUCGAGACAUGGAGCGCGACAGCUCUUCCCCAAAGAAACAAGAAUCGAUUGAGCGCAAACCCGAAGUGCUGUGCAAAGUUUGCGGGGAUAUUUCGUCAGGAAGGCAUUACGGAGUGUACACAUGCGAUGGCUGUAGCGGUUUCUUCAUGCGUAGCGUGCGAAGAGACAUGGUGUAUUCCUGUAAGGGCAACGGAAAUUGUGUUGUUGACAAGAAACGACGAAAUCAGUGUCAAGCUUGCCGGUUUCAGAAAUGCCUCGAUGUCAAGAUGAACAGGUUCGCCGUCCAACAAGAAAGACAACCGAAUUCCGCCCGCCUUCUAAAACCGCCCAUGGGGGAUGAAUACGCAAGUAAGCUCGUGAACAAUGACUUCCUGACAAGUCUGAUUGUGGCGGAACCCUGCCGGGAGGCCGUACAUCGCUUUGGGCAUCAAGCGCCAGGAAUUCCUUAUCCUUCGCAACAAGAAAUCGCCACCUCGCUGUACUGCUCGACACCCGAUGCCAUCUGUGAAUCUGCCGCGCGUUUGUUGUUUAUCUCGGUAAAAUGGGCGCGAAAUAUCCCUUCAUUCGUGAAUUUACCGUUCAGAGAUCAAGUUAUUUUGCUGGAGGAAGGCUGGAGGGAGUUAUUUAUCAUGGGAGCCGUCCAGUGGAACAUGCCUCUCGAGGUAGCACCUCUCCUAGCCGCGGCAGGAAUGCAUGUGGAUAACACGCCUGCGGAAAAAAUUGUCGCUACCAUGGCCGAUAUUCGUAUGCUGCAAGAAAUCAGUGCGCGAUUUCGAAGUCUCCAAGUUGGCGAAGCGGAGUUUGCGUGUUUGAAAGCAGUAGUUCUUUUUAAAUCUGAGCUCAGAGGACUACGAGAUCCACAGCAAGUGGAGUGCUAUCAAGACCAAGCGCAGAUCAUGCUAGGAGAUUACAUCAGGAGGCAUUUUCCCGGUCAGCAAGUUCGCUUUGGGAAGCUUCUCUUGAUGCUGCCGUCGCUCAGGAUGGUGAAUCCAAAAACUAUUGAAGAACUUUUCUUUCGACAAACUAUCGGAAGCGUGGCCAUCGAGAGCUUGCUUUGCGACAUGUUCAAGUCAAGUUGAACAGGACUCGGUCAUCGAUCGAAAACGAAAUUACGAGCGCAAACGUUGCGCAAAGACAAUCGAUACCACAUUUGCUACUCGGUCAAAGUGACUUACUUGUAGAACGUUGUGUGGUUUUUAAAAUUGAAUCAGACUGGAGAGAGAAACCUAUUCAAGCCGUGAUUAAUGAAUCAAAGCCACAAUCAGUUUUUUGUUUAUAGAAUCAAAAGAGUCUCUAAAGAAUACUAGCAAUAAGUAAACAAAUAAGUAAAUAAUGUAAGCUAAGAAUUAGGACGCAGUUACAACGUUACACGUUUUCAUUUACAGUUUGGAAAAGCAUUGCAAACGAAAACGUAGAAAGUUGCCCACAAAGAAAACAUGAAGUCAUUCAAGGAUCACUUCUCGGAGGAAUUCGUUUCCAUGUUCAUCGAUAAAGAAUACAACUUUCAAUUUAAUUAAUCUUUGAUUUAGAAUCAGUACAUGACUAAGGGCUUCUUUAGCAAGCUUUGAAUAUUCGGUGAAAACUGACGGUGCACACUUGCGAAAACAUUUUACAACCUAUUCUACUAUAAAAUAGACUGAAACUGAUGUAGAUUUUUAUUAAAGUUAGAAAUCUUUAUAUUG